CCUCCACUCUUUCACCCGCGGCUUGAGAGACAAGUUACCGCAACCGCCAUGCCGCCAACACUUCAAAUCCCGACCUGCCUACGGGCAGCGUCAAAGCCCGUGACGGCCGCCAUCCAGCAAGCCAUUCUCAACCCAACGACAAACCCAACAAUCCCAAGAAGAAGAACCCUCACCACGACCGCCCGGACACUCUACAAACAGCAUCGCGUCCCGAACUCCUCCCUGCCCAUCCCCUCCGUAUCGGCCCCGCACCCGGAGAUCCCACCCUACCCCUACGGGCCGCGACCCGUCUACCACCAGUCCAACACAGGCCUCUACGGCUCGGCGCGCAUCCGCUUCGGCAACAAUGUUUCAACCAAGAACGAGAUCAAGACGCGGCGCACGUGGCGGCCCAACGUGCACCACAAGAACCUCUGGUCCGAAUCGCUAGGCAUCAUGGUGCGUACGCGCGUGACGACGCGCGUGCUGCGCACCAUCGACAAGGUCGGCGGGCUCGACGCCUACCUCUUGGGGCUCAAACCGCAGCGCGUCAAGGAUCUUGGACCCUGGGGGUGGCGGCUGCGGUGGCGCAUCAUGCAGACGCCUGCAGUGCGGGCGCAGUUUGCGCGCGAGCGCGAGGAGCUGGGCCUGCCGCCUGUGGAGGAAGUCGGAGCAGAGUUUGAUGGUGGGGAGACGCGGCUCCCGGAUGGGACGGUUGCGGGGGAGGCGCUGAUGGCUGAGACGGAUAGGAUGUUGGCGGAGGAAGCCGAGUUUGGGCUGGGGCCGGAAGAGGGCGAAGAUGGGUUCAUGAGGGAAGAGGAGAAACCGGCGAGGCAAUAGAGGUCCGGGGAAUGACGGUAUUGCUUUUGUUACGGGCCGGAUGUCAUCUACAAUAACUGUACCAUAUUGUCUUUUUGAUGUGUGAAAACUCUCGCAGCAUUCCCGUGCAUAGUCAUACUCUCGGCGUGGCACCGUUCGACAGCAACGCACUAGAAAUACUGUAAUCUAUCA